AUGCCUACAAGACUUAAAAAGAAUAGAAAAAAGCGUGGUCAUGUUUCUGCAGGGCAUGGUCGAAUUGGUAAACAUCGUAAACAUCCGGGUGGUAGAGGUUUAGCAGGUGGUCUACAUCAUCAUCGUACCAACAUGGAUAAAUAUCAUCCUGGUUAUUAUGGCAAAGUCGGUAUGAGACAUUUUCAUAUGACUCGUAAUCAAUACUAUUGUCCAACUGUCAAUUUGGAUAAAUUAUGGACUUUGGUGUCAGAACAAACAAGAAAAAUUUACGCUACUAAAAAGGAUAGUAAGCUUGUACCUGUGAUUGAUACUCUGAGAGCAGGAUACGGUAAAGUUUUAGGUAAAGGUCGUUUACCUGAUCAACCAGUUAUUAUUAAAGCACGUUAUGUUUCUAGACGCGCAGAAGAAAAAAUAAAAAAAGUUGGCGUCGAAAGUUUCCAACUGUUCAAUUCAGAAGAAUCUGAUGAUUGCAAAUAUAACAAUUUCCAAACUCUAACUUCAACUAUACAUUCUACUGCUAUCAGCAGUAAUAUAACAAUGAACACCACAAAUAAAACUGAUUUUCGUAUAAUACGUGAAACAGAAUUACUUUUUGGUGUAUUAACUAACAGCCAAUUUAACAAGAGAAAAUUUAAUCCUUCAGAAUUUUUGCCAGAUAAUCUUGGAGUUAAACAAGACCUAAUUGAAUUAUUGGCCAAAAGGUGCCUUGCUUGUUCCAGCAGAAAUACUGUUAGACAAUUAAUGGCGAACCUUGUGGAUAUGUCUCCUGAUGGGGAAUAUAAAUAUAUUCUUCAUGCUCGCAACCACUUUACUAGAUAUUCAUGGGGAUAUCCCUUGAAAUCUAAAUCUUUAAUUGAGGUUGCAGCAAAUUUAUUUGACUUGUUUACAGCUUUUGGAGCUCAAACGAUAUUACAAUCAGAUAAUGGAAAGGAGUUCAAUUCUCAAGCCAUGUCAUCCAUGGCCCCAGGAGCUUGUAGAGUGUGGAAUAAGGAUUUAAAAAACAAAUUAUUGAAGAUGAUUGAUUGUUUGGUUUUUGGUAUUGAACCAAGAAGUAAUGAUACAGUAUUGGAAUUAUUAUUUGCAGACUGUUACAUUAAUGAAGAGGACAUACCAAGCAAUAUAACAAUUGAAGAUGGAACUAUUUUGAGUACUAGCAGUGGUGUUAGUAAUAAUAAUGAUGGUGGUGAUGAUGAAAUUAUUGCAAGUGCUAGUGAUGGUGUUAGUAACAAUAAUAACAAUGAUGAUGAAAAUAUUGUUGCAAGUACUGAUGUUGUUGUUAACAGUAGCAGUAGUAAUAAUAGUGAAGAUGGGGAGUAUUUGUAUAUUGAAAGUCUUGAUGAAUUAAAUUCAUCACAAAAUGAUGAUUAUGAUUUUGAGGAGUUCAAUUCUAACCUAGCCACCAAAUAA